AUGUACCCCCGCGUGUUUACCCCCAACGACUCGCAUGGCAACCAGGCGUUCCCAGGGCCUUUCCUGUACCACGUCCGCGAGCGGAGCCUGAGCGACAUCCUGCAUCCGGAGGUCGGCUCGGUGUGCGACGACGAGACGGCCGGAUCGUGCGCCAGCAGCGUCACCUCGUUCCGCGCCGUGCAAGACUGCACGACCGACGACGAUGCCGAGACGCCCGGCUAUAUCCCGCGCCACUGCUUCCGCAAGUUCAACGUGCGCAUCGAUGACGACGACUACGACGGCUGGGGCGAGCCGCGCUCCGAGGUGCACCGCUACCUCUCGUCGGAGAUCUUCAUCAACCACUUCGCCGAGCGCUUUGGCGACCUGGCGCGGCUCAUGGCGCGCGACAAGUGGGUGCAGCAGGCCAGAGGCAACUUUCUGCGUGGCCCGACCGUCUUCUGCCAGGAGGCGCUGCGCUCGGGCCUGGGAACCACCGCGCGCGUCACCCCCACGCUCCUUAUGUCCUCGUGGCCGGAGGCGGCACUCCGCUGGGCGCUGCGCGAGCGGCCGCUCAAGCUAGACAAGCAGCGGCGCAUACGCUUCGUGUGGCCGCCGCCUCGUAUCGUGCAGGAGAUCCGGGAGGAAGUCGGCUGCAACCUGGUGCCGCAAGGCUGCUUCGUGCCAGAGCAGCUGCGCGCAGAGCGACAAUUCCGUCCGGAGACCAUGGCCGUCGAGUGGGAGAUGUGCUUCCAGCAGGCGGAGAUGCGGCUCAUCAGCUCGCUGGAGGCGGUGCACGUGCACUGUUGGGCCGUGGCGAAGCUAUUCUUCACGCACUUCCUGGCCGAGUUCGGCUGCGUGCAGGAGCGCCACAUCCGCCACCUCAUGUUCUGGCAGUUCGAGCGCAACUUUCGCGACUGGCGGCUGGAGGCGCUGGGCUCGCCGCUGAUCGAGCUGCUCAGCUCGCUGGGCCGCUGCGUCAGAGAGCGCCGGCUGCUGCACUACUUCGUCUCCAACCGCAACCUCUUCGAGGUCGAGUCGCCGUCGAGCCUGCUCAGCGCGCAGGAGCGGAUCCAGCGCGCCAUGGAGAACCCCGUGCCGAACCUGCUCAUCCUGCUGGCGCGGCUCAAGGUGCGUGACGACGCGUUCCCCGAGUUCGACUGGGCGCAGCUCUACCACUACCUACAGGCCUCGCAGACGGAGCUGAUGGUGGAGCUGGUGCCCGAGCUGCGGCGCGCCACGAAUGAGGUGUCGGACUCGCUCGCGUUCGGCCCGGAGCAGAGCCAGGCCGACGACAGCGACGAGGACACCAUGUGGGUGCAGUCCAAGCGGCAGAAGCAGGCGCAGCGGCGGCGGAAACAGCAACAGCAGCAGCAUGAGCGUUUGCAGGCGGCGGCGGAGGCGCGGCGUCGAUCCCGGGUGCCGCAGCGCCGCGUGCUGCCCGACUUCGCCAACGCCGCCGUGCAGCUGCACUGGCUCAACGAAGGCUUCCUGCCGCGCGCGCAGCUGGUGCUGGCCAUGUUCAUCCGCCACUUCACGGCGAUGGCGACGCGCUUGCUUGACCACGGAAGCUUGGAGUCGGCGCUCGCCUACGCCGACCACGGCCUCAACCUGUGCACGCUGCUGGAGGAGCAUCUGCUGCCGCCGCUGGAGAACGGGGCGGAGGCCGACUUGGACAUGCUGCCGAUGGCCGGCACCGGCGGCGGCAGCAGCGGCGGAAGCAUCGUCGCUGACGGCGAGAAGAACUGGGCCAUCGGACCGGCGAGCGGCAGGAAACGGCAGAACUUCAACCUGGCCGCCGAGCUGGCCGACGGGGCGGAUGCAGCCGCCGAAGAAGCAGCGGAUGAGGAGGAUGCGGUUGAGCGAGCGGGGUCAAGAGUGGACGAGGUGGGCGCGCCUGUGAGAAAUCCUGAGGCUUUCGGCAGCAAGGAGGCUGUCCUUUCGGGCGACCCCCCGCGGCGUCACAGCGACGAGGCGCAAGACCGCACUGCGACGGACGCCGGACCAGGCGACAGACAGGAGGAGGAACAGGAGGAGGAGGACGAGGAGCAGCGGAUGGACACGGCGCUGUGA